UCUGCUUGUACAACUGUUUCUAAUUACUUCCCUGCCUAGACUCUGCACUUGAGGGGUUUGGUACCAGCACCCCGCCCAGAGCCGUGCCGCUGCCCAAAUCCUCGCAGGCAGCUCAUCAAGGCACUUGGGGCUUCGGGUAGAGGCCCGACCUGCACGCCCUGGUGUCCGUGUGUCCGUCUGCAGGCGGCCUUCGGGUGGCAUCUCUCCUUGCCGCGGCCUCCCCCUCCCCCGCACCAGGAGCCCCACCCAGCAGGAGCGCAGCUCGCCGCACCGCCCAGGAGCUCAGCAUGAGUCCCGCGGGCUUCAAGAACUUCUUGCUGCUGGCGUCCUCCCUUCUCUUCGCGGGGCUGUCAGCUGUUCCUCAGAGCUUCUCGCCGUCUCUGAGAAGCGGGACUGGUGCCGCGUGCAGGCUGUCCCGGGCUGAGUCGGAGCGCCGGUGCUGGGCUCCCGGGCAGCCCCCAGGGGGCGCUCUGUGCCACGGCCGCGGCCGGUGCGAUUGCGGGGUCUGCAUUUGUCACGUGAACGAGCCCGGCGUGUACUUCGGGCCCCUGUGCGAGUGCCACGAGUGGGUGUGCGAGACCUACGACGGGAGAACCUGCGCAGGCCAUGGUAAGUGUGACUGUGGCAAGUGCAAAUGUCAGGAAGGUUGGUUUGGGGACGCGUGCCAGUACCCAACUCACUGUGACCUGACGAAGAAAAAGAGUAACCAGAUGUGCAAGAAUUCUCAAGAUGUCAUCUGCUCUAAUGCAGGUACAUGUCACUGUGGCAGGUGUAAGUGUGAUAAUCCAGAUGGAAACAGCCUCGUGUAUGGUAAAUUUUGUGAGUGUGACGACAGAGAAUGCAUAGACGAUGAAACAGAAGAAAUAUGUGGAGGCCAUGGAAAGUGUUACUGUGGAAACUGUUACUGCGGGUCUGGUUGGCAUGGAGAUAAAUGUGAAUUCCAGUGUGAUAUCACCCCCUGGGAGAGCAAGCGAAGAUGCACGUCUCCAGAUGGCAAAAUCUGCAGUAACAGAGGGACUUGUGUGUGUGGUGAAUGUUCUUGCCAUGAUGUUGACCCAACCGGAGACUGGGGAGAUAUUCACGGGGACACCUGUGAGUGUGACGAGAGGGACUGUAGGGCUGUCUAUGACAGAUACUCUGAUGACUUCUGUUCAGGUCAUGGGCAGUGUAAUUGUGGAAAAUGUGACUGCAAAGUAGGCUGGUAUGGGGAAAAGUGUGAGCACCCACGUUCCUGCCCACUGUCAGCAGAGGAGAGCAUCAAGAAGUGCCAAGGAAGUUCCGAUCUGCCUUGCUCUGGAAGGGGUAAAUGUGAAUGCGGCAAGUGCACCUGUUACCCUCCGGGAGACCGCAGGGUGUACGGCAAGACGUGCGAGUGCGAUGACCGCCGCUGUGAAGGCCUAGACGGCACCGUCUGUGGGGGACACGGAACAUGCUCCUGUGGUCACUGCGUGUGUGAGAGAGGCUGGUUCGGGAAGCUCUGCCAGCACCCGCGAAAGUGCAACAUGACGGAGGAGCAAAGCAAGAGUUUGUGCGAAUCGGCGGAUGGCAUAUUGUGCUCGGGGAAGGGCUCUUGCCACUGUGGAAAGUGCAUUUGCUCUGCGGAAGAGUGGUAUAUUUCUGGAGAACUCUGUGACUGUGACGACAGGGACUGUGACAAGCAUGACGGCCUCAUCUGCACAGGGAAUGGACUUUGUAGCUGCGGGAGCUGUGAGUGCUGGGAUGGAUGGAACGGAAACGCGUGCGAAAUCUGGCUUGGCACAGAGUAUCCUUAACAAUAACAUGGGAGAGGACUGGAGUCUUUACUUUCCUAGGCCAUUAGAACAAUAUAAAUGCAAAGGAAACCUUGUAUAAUCACCACUAGGACAGGUCAAACAGACUAUUGUAUGUUUUUCUCUUUCUGAAUGCCUGCAUGAAGUCUGGGUACCCAUUAAAAAAUGAGUUAAGCAAAGUCUGAUGUAAAUAACGCUAGAAAGAAUUUGUCUUCCAGGAUUUACAUCAGUGGUUCUCAACAAGGGUGACUUUCGCCACCUGGAAAACACUUGGCAACGUGUACGGACAAUUUCGAUUGUCAUGCUGGGUGGGGUGGGAGGGCGAGCGACAGACCUCUAGUGGCUAGAGGCCAGGGAUGCUGCUGAACAUCCCACGGCAAAAAGUUAGCGGACUCCAAA